AUGAAUCUGAAAGAAAAGUGUGGGCAAAACGGGAGCCUUGUAGGGAGGAGUCAGCCACACCUGGGUGAGGAGCAUCAGGAACACGAGAAAGCUGUGGCAAGUGCAGGGGCUGAGGUCUAUGUGAAGCAGGAGGCAAAUGGGAAGCAAGAAAUUCCCAGCAAAAACCUCAACAUGUACACCUGGCAGGAGAUCCAGAGACACAACCAGGAUGCCGACCAGUGGCUGGUCAUCAACCGCAAGGUUUACAAUGUCACUUCCUGGGCAAACAGGCAUCCAGGUGGGCGCCGGAUCCUGAAGCACUAUGCUGGGGAAGAUGCCACGGAUGUCUUCAAGGCUAUACACCCAAAGCUUGAUGUUGUCCAGUUGUACCUUAAGCCACUGCUCAUUGGAGAGCUUGCACCAGGAGAGCCCAGCCAGGAGAGAAACAAAAACUCUGAGUUGGUGAAAGAUUUCCAAGAAUUGCGGAAGACAGUAGAGGAUAUGAAGAUGUUCGAUGUCAACCGGGCGUGGUUCUUCCUCCACUUAGCCCACAUCUUGAUUUUGGAAUUCCUGGCUUGGCUAACAGUGUAUCAGUUUGGCAGUGGCUGGUGUGUUACAAUAUUCAUUGCCUUUCUGCUCACAAUUUCCCAGGCACAGUGUCUAUUUUUGCAGCAUGAUGCAGGGCACAAUUUCAUAUUUAAGAAAUCCAAGUGGAACCAUGUGUUGCAAAAUUUUGUGAUGUGCCAUCUCAAGGGCCUGUCAGGAAAGUGGUGGAAUUACGCGCACUUCCAACAUCAUGUAAAAACAAAUGUCUGCCCCAAAGACCCAGAUGUCAACAUGGCUCCGCUUUUUCUGCUUGGAGAUUUGCAACCUGUCCAGUAUGGCAAGAAGAAAAUCAAAUACAUCAACUAUGAAAAGCAGCACCUGUACUUCACCAUGGUUGCACUCCCCUUCCUCGUGCCUGCACAUUUAACAAUGAAAUCCUUCCGCAUGAUAUACUUUAGAAGAGACUGGGAGGACAUCGCCUGGGUUAGCAGCUUUUACAUCCGACACUUCAUCUCAUUUGGCCCUUUCUAUGGAAUCUUCGGAACCCUAUUGCUCAUAUAUUUUGUCAAGUUUCUUGAAAGUCCCUGGUUUACAUGUGUUACCAUGAUGAGCCACUUACCAAUGAAAAUAAGCACAGAGGAGAACCGGGACUGGCUCAGCACUCAGGUAUUGGGAACCUGUAAUGUUGAACAGUCCUUUUUCAAUGACUGGUUCACUGGGCACCUGAACUUCCAAAUCGAGCACCACCUGUUCCCCACAAUGCCUUGCCAUAAUUAUCACAAAGUGGCACCUCUGGUGAGGUCACUGUGUGCCAAGCACGGAUUGCAGUAUGUGAAUAAGCCCCUGCUGAAGGCGUUCGGUGAUAUUUUCAGGUCUUUGAAGAAAUCCGGAGCUCUCUGGAAGGCUGCUUACUACGAAACAUGA